AUGAAAAGGCUACACCGAGGCGCCGCCACCGCCGCCCUGUUGGUGGUAUGCGAAGGAGCGAAACAAGGAACGACGAAAGGGUCGUCGUCCAAGAUGACGAUGGACGACUUUCUGUACAUGCUGGGCAUGCUGCAAGUUGUCAUCAUUGGCCCCAUGGUGCUCUUCUUCGUGGUCAACCUCGUGCGAGAUCCUGCUUUUCUGGAUGUUGUCAAGGGCUUAUGGAUGACAGUGAGGUCGCGAACGUUGUCCGAUUUGAGUGCCAGUGCUCCCGUCCAACAUGCUCCCCCUUCGACGUCGGCUAGGCAGAAGGACCCACGAUACACCAAUUAAGGUCCAUCUUAUAGAAACAUGAUGGUGUCUAUCCAUACUCCACUGUUUGCCCAACAAUGUUAAAAUGUAUGACUUGC